CUCCCUCGCCUUUCUUGGAAUCCGGGGGUUCCGUGAGUGGAUAUGCGGACGAUCGUGGCCAUAUCUUCAUUCGGUCACUCUCACUCAUGCGACUUGCUCUUGGAACGGUGUGCGUAGCUGCUGGUAUGGUCAUGGCUACAGGUCCCGCCAUUUGCACCAAGGACAUUUCCGUCAAGAGCCUCUUGGUUCACGGGUGCGUCUGCAAGCCAUGCCACCGUUGCGUGUACACAGCUCUUGGUGGCUGUCAACUGGACGUGUCGAAAGCGGUCACACUCAGCGACGGCAGCGACGUCCCGACGCGGCAGCCGCUCUUGGAUCCACAUGCUUGGUUCUUGACAGAAGCUGAAAUCACAGCUUCUCGCAAUGGAGUGCCUCGUCACGGCAUGCAUGCUUUCUCGUCCAACAACUCGGUCCACGUGUUUGCAGCAACGGACGAGUAUUUUCGAGCGAAGUACGACGACAUUUCGGCUACGACUGCUCAAGACGCCGUGUACUUUUCGGCAUGGACACUGAACGAUGUGGCCAUCAUCCCAGACGUGAAUCCGAACCUGACGCUGCAGACUCUGUGGGGUGAAGCGCUCCGUCGAGAAGUUCCGAUGGCCAUGCUAGUGUGGGCGAACAUUCGGGACGCGAAACCCACCAUGGCCAUGUUCAACUGGUUUCAGAAUCAAACGCCCAAGGCCAACACGUCGCAAUUCAUUCUAGACGAUCGUGUGACUCCGUUGUCGGGAUCGCUCCAUCAAAAGUUUACCGUCCUGAGACGCCAUGGCAAGUGGGUCGCGUACGUUGGUGGCGUUGACUACAGCGUGGAUCGGUGGGACACCAAGUUUCACAACAGCACCCAACUUCGAAAGGCAGCCAAGAUCAAGGUCGACUACGACGGAUGGAUCGAUGUUCACACGAGAAUUCAUGGCCCUGCCAUCUCGGACGUGCUCGGGACGUUCCUCGGCAGAUGGAACAACCCGACUCUUCCCUCGAUCCCCAUGGCGUUUUCGCUGGCGGCGUCCACAUCCCCCAAUGGAACGGACAUUCCUCAACACCUGCCGGUCGUGGCGAUGCCGCCAACAAAUGCAAUCGGCACCCACCAUGUCCAAAUCACUCGCACGUACAGCUGUGUGUACACGGGGUACAACUCGUUCGCGCCGCGAGGGGAGACAUCGAUCUUGGCGUCGCGGCUGAAGGCGAUCCGGAACGCUCGAAACUACAUCUACGUUGAAGACCAGUACUUUGUUCACGUGCCCGAACUACUCGCGGCGCUGGUGCAUGUCCUCCCGACCAUCCAACGCCUCGUUGUCGUCACAUGCAAACGUGGGGCCGUGUCUGCCGCAGCCGGCUACGACAAGUUUUUUUACGACAUGGUGGCGCCGCUUCAGGUCAAGUUUCCCAACAAAGUUCACGUGUUCCGGACCAUCGACUCGAUCUUUGUCCACUCGAAAGUCGUCCUGAUCGACGACGUGUUCUUGUCGAUCGGGUCGAGCAAUUGGAAUGUCCGGAGCAUGACGUCGGACGCCGAACUCACGACAAACAUCGUGGACGCCGCCACGACCGUUGGCGACCAUCACGUUGCUGUGGCGGCGUUGGCGCGGCAGUUCCGCGUGGCCAAGUUUGCCGAACUAACCCGGUUUUCCAUCGAUUUUGACCCCCUGACAGUCGUACAAGCCGCCAACGCACUCGCGGCGUACGCCACAUCGGUCCCGGACGCUCUCAUCGUGCCGUACGACGUCCAAUAUGAGCUCUACUUUGACCUGUACAACGUCCAAGGUAUCGUUGACGGCGACGGCCGUUGCAAGCCAUCGGGACCUUCGACCAUGCUCAGCGCUUGCCGACCACUGUCUCAAGACACCAGCAACCCGAUCCUUCGAGCGGCGUGCGACUGCAGGAACGACCCUCACCAGCGGGACGUGUCAACUUGCAUGGCUCAAAUGGUGAAUGUGGCAAACUUGGCCGCGCAGGUUGAAUCUACGCGGUUGUGGCAAAAAGCUGCGUUGGUGGCGUUCGCCGCGGCUGCUAUCGGGUGUUGUGGGGUCCUCCUUGGUCAUUUGUUUCGUCGUCACUGGCGUCGACGUGUCGACCAAACUCUUGCGAUCAAGGUCCGUGGUUGUGAGAGGGAAUCGUUGUUGAGUUCGCGCUAACUUGUUAACUUGGUCCAUUUCCGUCGCACAUGACGCCGACGGCACGGAAAAGGGCACUGCCCUUGGCACAUGCCGCGGCUCGUCCUGUCAUUUCCC